CGCCCGCGAGCCGUGAGCGCUGAUUGGCUGCGACGCGACGGGGGGCGGCCCGCGGGCGCACACACCCUCCCCGCGCAGCCAAUGGGCGUGCGCACGUCACUGACCGGGAGGCCCGCGGGCCGGCAGCCCCUCAAUAAGCCACAUUGUUGCAUGAAACUCCGGCGCAGGAGUCCCGGGCCGCCGCUGGCAACAUCGUGUCACCCAGCUAAGAAAAUCCGCGGGCCGGAGCCACGCGCCUGUGAACCAGAGAGGUCCCACUGCCGGAGUGGAGCCGGGCUGCGAUUCUUCUCAAGUUGAGCCUCAGUGAUCCUGUGGCCGAAGUUAGCGCCUUGACGUGGGAAAACCGGACACGUCGCCAGGAGAGAACUGAGGCGCCUGCUAGCAGUUGUGACACCAAAUCCCGUCUCUGGAGACCCGCGCCCUCCGCCAGCCGGGCGCACUCUCGCCGUUAGCCCUCUUUGUGCGUCGUUCGGACUCCCAGCUCCCGGCCCCGCAGCCGAGUCCCAGCACAAAGCAGUCGGACCGCGCCACCCGCCUCCCCGCUCGCGCCCCCGUCUGGGUAUCCCAACUCUGCGCCGUCGGGCCGCGGCAGGAUGAUUGCCUCGCAUCUGCUCGCCUACUUCUUCACAGAGCUCAACCAUGACCAAGUGCAGAAGGUUGACCAGUAUCUCUACCACAUGCGCCUCUCUGAUGAGACCCUCUUGGAGAUCUCUAAGCGGUUCCGCAAGGAGAUGGAGAAAGGGCUUGGAGCCACCACCCACCCCACUGCCGCAGUGAAGAUGCUGCCCACCUUUGUGAGGUCCACUCCAGAUGGGACAGAACACGGAGAGUUCCUGGCUCUGGACCUUGGAGGGACCAACUUCCGUGUGCUUUGGGUGAAAGUAACGGACAAUGGGCUUCAGAAGGUGGAGAUGGAGAACCAGAUCUAUGCCAUCCCCGAGGACAUCAUGCGAGGCAGUGGCACCCAGCUGUUUGACCACAUUGCCGAAUGCCUGGCUAACUUCAUGGAUAAGCUACAAAUCAAAGACAAGAAGCUCCCAUUGGGUUUUACCUUCUCGUUCCCCUGCCACCAGACUAAACUAGAUGAGAGUUUCCUGGUCUCAUGGACCAAGGGAUUCAAGUCCAGUGGAGUGGAAGGCAGAGACGUUGUGACUUUGAUCCGGAAGGCCAUCCAGCGGAGAGGGGACUUUGAUAUCGACAUUGUGGCUGUGGUGAAUGACACAGUUGGGACCAUGAUGACCUGUGGUUAUGAUGACCACAACUGUGAGAUUGGUCUCAUUGUGGGCACGGGCAGCAACGCCUGCUACAUGGAAGAGAUGCGCCACAUCGACAUGGUGGAAGGUGACGAGGGGCGGAUGUGUAUCAAUAUGGAGUGGGGGGCCUUCGGGGAUGAUGGCUCGCUCAACGACAUUCGCACUGAGUUUGACCAGGAGAUUGACAUGGGCUCGCUGAACCCGGGGAAGCAACUGUUUGAGAAGAUGAUCAGUGGUAUGUACAUGGGGGAGCUGGUGAGGCUUAUCCUGGUGAAGAUGGCCAAGGAGGAGCUGCUCUUUGGGGGGAAACUCAGCCCAGAGCUCCUCAACACCGGUCGCUUUGAGACCAAAGACAUCUCAGAUAUCGAAGGGGAGAAGGAUGGCAUCCGGAAGGCCCGUGAGGUCCUGAUGCAGUUGGGCCUGGACCCGACUCAGGAGGACUGUGUGGCCACUCGCCGGAUCUGCCAGAUUGUGUCCACACGCUCCGCGAGCCUGUGUGCAGCCACCCUGGCCGCCGUGCUGCAGCGCAUCAAGGAGAACAAAGGCGAGGAGCGGCUGCGCUCUACUGUUGGGGUCGACGGCUCCGUCUACAAGAAACACCCCCAUUUUGCUAAGUGUCUACAUAAGACCGUGCGGCGGCUGGUGCCUGACUGCGAUGUCCGCUUCCUCCGCUCCGAGGAUGGCAGUGGCAAAGGUGCAGCCAUGGUGACAGCAGUGGCUUACCGGCUGGCCGAUCAACACCGUGCCCGCCAGAAGACACUGGAGCCUCUGCAGCUGAGCCAUGACCAGCUGUUGGAGGUCAAGAGGAGGAUGAAGGUGGAAAUGGAGAGAGGUCUAAGCAAGGAGACUCACGCCAUCGCCCCCGUCAAGAUGCUGCCCACCUACGUGUGUGCCACCCCUGAUGGCACAGAGAAAGGGGACUUCUUGGCCUUGGACCUCGGAGGAACAAAUUUCCGGGUCCUGCUGGUGCGUGUUCGGAACGGGAAGUGGGGUGGAGUGGAGAUGCACAACAAGAUCUACGCCAUCCCGCAGGAGGUCAUGCACGGUACCGGGGACGAGCUCUUUGACCACAUUGUCCAGUGCAUCGCAGACUUCCUUGAGUACAUGGGCAUGAAGGGCGUGUCCCUGCCUCUGGGUUUUACCUUCUCCUUCCCCUGCCAGCAGAACAGCCUGGACGAGAGCAUCCUCCUCAAGUGGACAAAAGGCUUCAAGGCAUCUGGCUGUGAGGGCGAGGACGUGGUGACCCUGCUGAAGGAAGCGAUCCACCGGCGAGAGGAGUUUGACCUGGAUGUGGUUGCCGUGGUGAACGACACAGUUGGAACCAUGAUGACCUGUGGCUUUGAAGACCCUCACUGUGAAGUUGGCCUCAUCGUUGGCACGGGCAGCAAUGCCUGCUACAUGGAGGAGAUGCGCAAUGUGGAACUGGUGGAAGGAGAAGAGGGGCGGAUGUGUGUGAACAUGGAAUGGGGGGCCUUCGGGGACAAUGGAUGCCUAGAUGACUUCUGCACGGAAUUUGAUGUGGCUGUGGAUGAUCUUUCACUCAACCCCGGCAAGCAGAGGUUCGAGAAAAUGAUCAGUGGAAUGUACCUGGGUGAGAUUGUCCGUAACAUUCUCAUCGAUUUCACCAAGCGUGGGCUGCUCUUCCGAGGCCGCAUCUCAGAGCGGCUCAAGACGAGGGGCAUCUUCGAAACCAAGUUCUUGUCUCAGAUUGAGAGUGAUUGCCUGGCCCUGCUGCAAGUCCGCGCCAUCCUGCAACACUUAGGGCUUGAGAGCACCUGUGAUGACAGCAUCAUUGUUAAGGAGGUGUGCACUGUGGUGGCCCGACGGGCAGCCCAGCUCUGUGGCGCAGGCAUGGCCGCUGUGGUGGACAAGAUACGAGAAAACCGUGGGCUGGACGCUCUCAAAGUGACAGUGGGUGUGGAUGGGACUCUCUACAAGCUACAUCCUCACUUUGCCAAAGUCAUGCAUGAGACAGUGAAGAACCUGGCUCCAAAAUGUGAUGUGUCUUUUCUGCAGUCAGAGGAUGGCAGCGGAAAGGGAGCAGCGCUCAUCACUGCUGUGGCCUGCCGCAUCCGUGAGGCUGGACAGCGAUAGAACCCCUGAAAUCGGAAGGAACUUCCUCUUUCUCUCCCUCUUCCCUGUUUUAAAUUAUGUCAUCCCCUUGUGUCAGAGACAGACCCCUUGGCUUUUCCUUGGCAGAGAGGACCCCACUGGACUAGGUUUUGUCUCUGCAUCUCAUCAUAGAGCUUGGUGGCCAAACUUGGCCCUAUUAAGAUAAAUGCAGUUCCAAAUAAGGAUUUGUUCACAUGCAUCACAACCAUUCCCAUUGGUUCUCUUAAAACACGAAAAUUGUCACCCUUAGUAAUCCCCCUUGCCAAAUUCCAUGUCCCUGUAUAAUUCUACAGGAUGGGGACACUAAUGAAGAUAUGGUUGCUUCACCUUGGAGCCUGAACAUGACAUUUCUAGGUGGGGUGUAUCCCCCAGCUCUGAUGUUGUUACUGAUUCUCCUGUCAGAGAUCUGGGAGGUCUCCACUGAGGAUGUGAGCCUGAUUGUCCUACAGGCGGAUGUGGGGAGGGUGGAGGGGCGACAAUGGAGGGAAAUCCAUGGAUAUCCAUGCAGCAGCCCCUCUUUAACUUCAUCUAUAAGCAUUUGUCCUGUGGAUUCCAGCAUUUGCUAUUCCUGGAAUCAAGGAAUCCCGAAUCUGGGCAGUGAAACCAAAGCCAGGAGUUGACGCAUCCUGCAGUUGGGCCAGCCAUCGCAUCUCAGCGGGGUGCACACAUUAUCCACGAGUGAUGGACUUUUGGGGAAGGGGGAGUUUUUGGUUUGUUUUACAAAUUUUUCCUGCAAAAGUGGAAACACUGUAUUUUCAUUUUAAUUUAUAUUUGAAAUUUUAUUUAGUUCUUGAAGUAGAUCUGCUCCUUCAUCUUGACAUGUAAUGGUCAGUUGUACGUAAUGUAUUUAUAUGUUAAUUUGUUGUGUAUAUAGAUAUGCAAGUCUUGUCAGAAUUGGCCUCAGUGUAGUUAAAGGGCGGAAGGGGAAGAUACUGACUAGUCAUAGAAAUACCUCAUUCGCCUGUGGGAAGAGAAGGGAAGCCUCUUCGGGGUGAGUGAAUGGCAAAGCAGUUGCUUCUGGCUCUUCCUUCCCCUGUGGUCUUGGAAGUGUGGAAGGCAGGGACAGAGAUGGAGGCUGAGCCAAUGGACUGAAGAGACCACAGCAAUUGGUUCCUCCAUCUAGAGAUUUUCUUGGGGCAAUAUUCCAUGGGAUGUUAAGCAAAGGAAACCAAAGGAAUCAUUUCAAAUGGACUCAUGGCUUAGAAAUCUUUAUUCUUAGGGCAGUCAGUAUUCUAAAGCUUUCUGACAAGAUAAAGGAAGUCACCAAAAAAAAUGUUUUUAAAAUUGUAUCUAAUCCUCAACAACAAACCAAAACAGAACAAUUACACAACCAAAUAAAACCUCAGGGACAACAUUUUUGGUGUUUUUGUGCCCUCCCAGCAAGUUUCACCUUGGGUUUGUAUUUUAAAUGUUUUACAAGAAUUGUUGUCCGUGUGCUUCCCUAGGCUGAGCUGGCAUUGGUCUGCUGACCUGUUUUUGUGGGGGUUUUUUUAUACGCAAUAUUUAUUUCAAACCACUGGGAGGGAUGAGAGUGGCUUAAAAACUUCCGUCCCUACUUUUCAAGAGUGCAGUUGAUUCUGAAUCUGAAAGCCCACCUCUGCUCUAAAAUACACACAAGCACAGACAUUACGCCUGGAUACUAUGUAAUAAAGAGGGAUGUAACUCCAUUGAAUUGGAUACAAGGAUCAGAAUGGAAAGAUGGAAAGAAACUCAUGAUGAAAUUGCACCCGGUUUUUGUAUACUUAUCAAACUUGUGCUGAGAAUAGUGUCUGAUUGUACGACUUUUAAGCAAAGUUGGGUGUAAUUAGGUGAAAAUGGCCCAGCUCCUCCCGGGAGCACAGAGCAGCAAGGGGCUGGUCCUCUUUUGCUCUAGUCUCUUUGCUGUCUGGUGUAGCUCUUCUGCUGCUCCCAUCUGCACUAAUUGACCCAAAAUGUGGGUGUUUCCUGCUACACAAAAGCCAAAAGCUUUCACGUAGAUUUUAGAUUCACUAAAGGGUGCCCACAAAAUAGAGAUGAAUUUUAACUUAAAUUUUAAGCUUGAAGAUUAGGUACUAUCUGUGAAGGUACACUUUUUUUUUUUUUUUAAGGUAGAGAUGUGUGUGUGUGUAGGUAUUAAAAAUGUGUUGUUGGUUUCCAAAAAGGAACACUGGAAAAUAAAUUUUGAAUGUUUGUGUUCUCAGAAUUAGGUUGACAGUCUUUUGCUGACAUGGCUUUGCUUUGUGUAAUAUACAUGGGAUCUCAAUCUUCGGGGUGUGAUGAAUAGCGAAUCAUCUCAAAUCCUUGAGCACUCAGUCUAGUGAAGAUGUUGUCAUUAUGUACAAUAAAUAACUAGUUUAAUUAACUAUGUGAUGUUAACUAUUAAUAAAUUUUAACAUUUUCCAAAAUAA